GUGUCUUUAGUAUAUAUAAAUAUUAUCAUGGCCUUUACAACAUCCCUCGUAGGACUGUUAAUAUAUCGAUCCCACUUAAUAUCCUCACUCCUAUGUCUAGAAGGAAUGAUAUUAUCACUAUUUAUCAUAGCAACUCUCAUCAUCCUAAAUGCACACUUCACCCUAGCCAGCAUAAUGCCAAUUAUUCUACUAGUUUUCGCAGCAUGUGAAGCAGCCCUAGGACUAUCGCUACUAGUGAUGGUAUCAAACACAUACGGUACCGACUACGUACAAAGCCUAAACCUUCUCCAAUGUUAA